GGACGCUAGGGCUCCGAGCUCCGCACCCAGGGGCUCCCGCGCCAGGACCCUCUGCGCCGCCGCGCCCGCCGAUCCCGGCCCCGAGGACCGAGAGGGGACGCCUGGGCCCCCGAGGCCGGCGCCCAGGGAGCCCAGGGAGGCGGCCGCGCUGCUGGUGUGCAGCCGGCGGGAGCUUCUGGAAGGGCCGAUGCGCGCGGGCAGCAGCCCCUGAAGCCAGGCCCGGAGGCUAGGAGGACCGACCGGAGCGCAGAGCGGACGGAUUGGGAGCAUGGGCAGUGCCCAGCGCGUGGCGUCCAGCCCUGCCCUGCAGCGGUGGCUGCUAGGGGCUGUGACAUUGGGGUUCCUGGCCCAGAGCGUCUUGGCGGGUGUGAAGAAGUUAGAUGUGCCCUGUGGAGGGAGAGACUGCAGUGGGGGCUGCCAGUGCUACCCUGAGAAAGGAGGUCGCGGUCAGCCUGGGCCAGUGGGCCCCCAGGGGUACAACGGACCUUCAGGACUACAAGGAUUUCCGGGACUGCAGGGCCGCAAAGGCGACAAGGGAGAGAGGGGAGCCCCCGGAAUAGUGGGACCAAAAGGAGACGUGGGAGCAAGAGGUGUUUCUGGAUUCCCUGGUGCUGAUGGAAUUCCCGGGCACCCAGGGCAAGGUGGGCCCAGAGGACCACCCGGCUAUGACGGCUGCAACGGGACCAGGGGAGACGUGGGUCAACAAGGACUCCCCGGCUCGGAGGGGUACCCCGGGCCCGCCGGGCCCCAAGGACCCAAAGGGCAGAAAGGGGAACCUUACGCACUGUCUAAAGAGGACCGCGACAGAUACAGGGGUGAACCUGGAGAGCCUGGAUUGAUCGGUUUCCAGGGGUCUCCCGGCCGCCCUGGGCCCAUGGGACAGAUGGGUCCAGUUGGAGCUCCAGGAAGACCCGGACCACCUGGACCCCCUGGACCAAAAGGACAGCCCGGUAACAGAGGACUUGGUUUUUAUGGAGAAAAGGGUGAAAAGGGUGACAUAGGCCAGCAGGGGCCCAACGGGAUCCCCUCGGACACCAUUCACCCCUUCGUGGGUCCCACGGGGGCCACCUACCACCCAGACCAGUACAAGGGUGUAAAAGGAAGCGAAGGGGAACCAGGAAUAAAAGGCAUUUCCUUGAAGGGAGAAGAAGGCAUCAUGGGCUUUCCAGGAACUCGGGGUGCGCCUGGCUUCGACGGUGAGAAGGGAUCACCAGGAGAGAAAGGAAGCCGAGGCCCAGAUGGUUACCAAGGCCCCGAUGGGCCCAGAGGACCCAAGGGAGAAACAGGGGACCCUGGACCCCCAGGACUACCUGCCUACUCCCCUCAUCCUGCCCUUGCAAAAGGUGCCAGAGGUGACCCAGGAUUCCCAGGGGCCCUUGGGGAGCCAGGAAGCCAGGGUGAGCCAGGAGACCCCGGCCCUCAAGGCCCCCCUGGCGUAUCCAUCGGAGAUGAAGGUGAGAAGAGAGGCUUCCCCGGUGAGAUGGGACCCAAAGGCUUCAUAGGAGACCCGGGCAUCCCUGCACGCAUCCCUGGCCUGCCUGGAGCUGACGGAAAGCCAGGGUUCCAAGGAACCCCCGGGCCUGCCGGCCCACCUGGGCCAGAUGGAUUCCUGUUCGGCCUUAAAGGGGCAGACGGAGCGGCGGGCUUCCCUGGGCCUUCUGGCUUCCCCGGGGCUCGAGGACAGAAAGGAUGGAAAGGUGACGCUGGGGACUGCAAAUGUGCAGAAGGCGAUCAGUUCAUCAGGGGUCUUCCAGGACUGCCAGGGCCCAAGGGGUUUCCAGGUGUCAACGGAGAGCCUGGGAAGAACGGGGACCAAGGAGAUCCCGGCCCGCACGGCAUCCCUGGCUUCCCAGGGUUCAAGGGAGCCCCUGGUGUCGUGGGACCUCCUGGGCCCAAAGGAGCGAAGGGAGAUUCUAGAACAGUUACGACCAAAGGUGAGAGGGGACAACCAGGUGUCCCAGGCGUGCCCGGGAUUAAAGGAGAAGAUGGUAUCCCAGGGCGCACCGGUCUCGAUGGAUUCCCUGGCCUUCCAGGUCCUCCUGGUGAUGGCAUCAAAGGCCCUACAGGGGACUCAGGUUACCCGGGAGCACCUGGAACCAGGGGCCUUCCAGGAGAAAUGGGCCCCCCAGGACUGGGCUUACCAGGCCCAAAAGGGGAACGUGGUUUCCCUGGAGAUGCUGGACUACCUGGACCACCAGGCUUUCCCGGUCCUCCUGGCACCCCAGGCACCCCAGGACAGAUAGACUGUGAUACAGGCGUGAAAAGGCCCAUUGGAGGUGACGGACAAGACGUCAUCCAGCCAGGUUGUGUUGGAGGACCCAGGGGCUCAUCUGGCCAGCCGGGACCCCCAGGCCCCACAGGUGCCAAAGGCCUCAGAGGGACACCAGGACUCCCAGGAGCUGAUGGAGCCCCAGGACUCAAGGGUUCACCAGGAGAUGCAGGUCGUGAAGGAUUUCCAGGACCCCCAGGAUUCAUAGGACCCAGAGGAUCCAAAGGUGCAGUGGGCCUCCCUGGCCCAGAUGGACAACCAGGUCCCACUGGCCUGCCAGGGCCAGUCGGGCCCCCAGGGGACAGGGGGCUUCCUGGAGAAGUCCUGGGAGCCCAGCCUGGGCCCCGGGGAGAUGCUGGACUGCCCGGACGUCCAGGAUCGAAAGGCUCCCCAGGAGAGAGAGGCCCCCCUGGAUUCAGAGGAGGCCCAGGGAUGCCCGGAAUGCCAGGACUCAAGGGCCAGCUGGGCUUCCCGGGACCUUCAGGCCAGCCAGGACUGCCCGGGGCUUUGGGACAGCAUGGAUUCCCAGGAUCUCCUGGCCAAGAGGGACCCCUGGGGCUGCCAGGUGCCCCAGGCCCUGGAGGUCUGCCUGGGGACAGGGGGGACCCAGGUGACACAGGCGUGCCUGGCCCUGUGGGCAUGAAAGGUCUCUCUGGUGACAGAGGGGACGCCGGCUUUUCCGGAGAGCGAGGUCACCCAGGGAGUCCUGGAUUUAAAGGAAUGGUCGGAAUGCCUGGUAUCCCUGGGCCAAAAGGGGAAAGAGGUUCACCUGGGAUGGAUGGUUUCCAAGGCAUGCUUGGGCUCAAAGGAAGACCUGGGAUUCCAGGAAGCAAAGGAGAGGCUGGAUUUUUUGGAAUUCCUGGUCUGAAGGGUCUGGCUGGGGAGCCAGGUAUUAAAGGCAGCCGAGGGGACCCCGGCCCCCAAGGACCACCUCCCAUCAUCCUGCCAGGAAUUAAGGACAUUAAGGGGGAGAAAGGAGAUGAAGGCCCAAUGGGGCUAAAAGGAUACCUAGGCUUAAAAGGUAUCCAAGGAAUGCCGGGGAUCCCUGGGCUGGCAGGAACCCCAGGCUUACCUGGGCGACCCGGCUACAUCAAAGGAAUCAAAGGAGACAUCGGAGUCCCCGGCACACCCGGCUUGCCAGGAUUCCCGGGCGUGACUGGUGCCCCUGGCAUCACGGGAUUCCCGGGGUUCACAGGAAGCCGGGGUGACAAGGGUGCUCCAGGGAGAGCUGGCCUUUAUGGCGAGAUUGGCCCUACUGGUGAUUUCGGUGACAUUGGAGAAACAAUAGAUUUGCCAGGAAGUCCAGGCCUAAAGGGGGAACGGGGCAUCGCUGGAACACCAGGUCUAAAGGGAUUCUUUGGAGAGAAAGGACUGGAGGGCGAAGUUGGCUUCCCCGGAAUAACAGGUGUGACUGGAGCCCACGGCCCUCCCGGAAUUAAAGGACAAGCAGGCUUCCCGGGACUCAGGGGGCUGCAGGGGCCGCAGGGCGAGCCUGGGCGGAUCGGAGUGCCUGGAGAAAAGGGAGAUUAUGGCUGGCCGGGGUCCACAGGCUUACCAGGUUUUCCGGGAAUCCGAGGCAUCGGUGGAUUACACGGCUUGCCCGGCACCAAAGGCUUUCCAGGAUCGCCAGGUGCUGACGUUCAUGGAGAUCCGGGGUUCCCAGGCCCCACUGGGGACAGGGGUGACCCAGGAGAGGCCAACACCCUUCCAGGCCCUCCAGGAGUCCCAGGACAGAAAGGGGAGCAAGGAGCUGCAGGGGAACGAGGCCCAGCCGGAAGUCCAGGACUUCAGGGGUUCCCCGGCAUCACCCCUCUUUCCAACAUCUCUGGGUUACCUGGUGACAAAGGGGCAUCAGGGAUAUUUGGCCUGAAAGGUUAUCGAGGCCCACCAGGGCCACCAGGGCCUGCUGCUCUUCCCGGAAGCAAAGGAGAUCAGGGGAGCCCAGGAGCUUCAGGAAUCCCGGGCACCAAAGGAUGGGUCGGAGAUCCCGGGCCCCAGGGCAGGCCUGGUGUGUUCGGUCUCCCAGGAGAAAAAGGGCCCAGAGGUGAGCAAGGAUUCAUGGGGAACACUGGAGCCUCAGGGGCUGUGGGCGACAGAGGCCCCAAGGGACCCAAAGGAGACCAAGGAUUCCCUGGUGCACCUGGUCCUGUGGGAUCCCCAGGGAUUGUAGGCAUCCCCCAGAAGAUCGCCAUCCAGCCCGGGACAGUGGGUCCCCAGGGGAGGAGAGGUCUUCCUGGGGCUCCAGGAGAGAUGGGGCCCCAGGGCCCUCCCGGAGAUCCAGGUUUUCGUGGGGCUCCAGGAAAGGCCGGGCCCCAGGGAAGAGGUGGCGUGUCUGCUGUUCCAGGGUUCCGGGGAGACCAAGGGCGCGUGGGGCCCCAGGGGCCGAUUGGCCAGGAAGGUCAGCCAGGCCGUCCAGGGAGCCCGGGCCUGCCCGGCAUGCCAGGCCGCAGCGUCAGCAUCGGCUACCUGCUGGUGAAGCACAGCCAGACUGAGCAGGAGCCCAUGUGCCCCGUGGGCAUGAACAAGCUCUGGAGCGGAUACAGCCUGCUGUACUUUGAGGGCCAGGAGAAAGCCCACAACCAGGACCUGGGGCUGGCAGGCUCCUGCCUGGCGCGGUUCAGCACCAUGCCCUUCCUCUACUGCAACCCCGGCGACAUCUGCCACUACGCCAGCCGGAAUGACAAGUCCUACUGGCUCUCCACCACCGCCCCACUGCCCAUGAUGCCGGUGGCCGAGGACGACAUCAAGCCCUACAUCAGCCGCUGCUCUGUGUGCGAGGCCCCCGCCGUCGCCAUCGCGGUCCACAGUCAAGACGUCUCCAUCCCCCACUGCCCAGCAGGGUGGCGGAGUUUGUGGAUUGGGUACUCUUUCCUCAUGCACACCGCGGCCGGUGACGAAGGCGGUGGCCAGUCGCUGGUGUCCCCGGGCAGCUGUCUGGAGGACUUCCGUGCCACGCCGUUCAUCGAAUGCAACGGGGCCCGCGGCACCUGCCACUACUAUGCCAACAAGUACAGCUUCUGGCUCACCACCAUCGCCGAGCAGAGCUUCCAGGGCUCGCCCUCCGCCGACACCCUCAAGGCCGGCCUCAUCCGGACGCACAUCAGCCGCUGCCAGGUGUGCAUGAAGAACCUGUGAGCCCCGCGCUCGCCGCACGCCCGGAGGGGCCGUUUUGGUGCUUAUUCUUAACGUAUUACCUCAGAUGCUGGCCCAAACGUCGAUUCUGUUUUUUCUUUAAAAAAAAAAAAAAAAAAUCGAAAGGCCACCGAAGGAAUUCAGCACCAGCACUCACACCCACUAGCCACCUGUCAUCGAGUAGGCGCUGGCCGCUCUCUGGACUCCGAGCAGAGCCCAGCCGUGCCUCUAGGACACUCAGUCCUUCCCAGUAGAUCCCUGUUAACCCCGCACACCCUCCCAGACCAUGCUAGACUGUCACGCCGCUGGGUGUAGCUAACCACUUAACGUGCGCCUUAUAGUCACUGUAUUUCCAAGUGCCGCAAACAAUUCAUAAUGCCUAACUCUCUGGUGGGGUGGCACAGACCACAGCGCGUGAACACAUGCCACCAGCAACAGCCAGAGCCCAGGGACUCCUGAACCCACUGCCACUUACACCCACACAAGGGCCCCAGUGGCUGGGCCCAGUUUUCCCAGCCAAUACGACAGCACUAUUUUCUCCCAAAUACAGUUGAUGUAAAUUAUCCCCUCAAGAAAGCCAAACUGUGCUCUUUAUUUUAAAAAACACUGAUAGUCACACACCAGCCAUCAUCCGCCAUGUCCUUAUGGACCACUGGGUUUGGGGACCUGUCUGGCCGUCUGCUGUCAGCUGUGCUACUCGGAGGCAAACUGCAGAGUCCACAGUGACAUUUCCAGUGCCCCUAGUUGUCCUGGCCACCUCACCCUCCAUUCCUCGCUGUGAGUCGCACUCCCCUGACUCUAUCCUGUGUAACAAUCACAAAAUAAAAGUUGGU